CUAAAAUUAACCACCCUCCCGUCUCUUCCCUUGGCCCGCCGGUAUUAAUUAUUCUCCUCCUCUCUUUGUCGACUUCACUCGUCCACGAAACAAACGCGUCUGUACAUAUUUCAUAUAGGUAGGAAGCAAAUAGAUAAAAAGAGGGCCGGAGGGGCUGUGGUUAACUCUCUCGCCUUGCCUCCUUCUCUCCUUCCUCCUCCUUCGGCUCCAGAACAUCUUUUCAGGAGAGGGAAGAAGAGGAGACGAAGAUUUUGAUGGGCGGUGUCUGAGCUGAAAGAGCAAGAAAGAGGGAGAGAGAGGCGAGUGCAUGGUUUUCACCAUGGAGGCGCUGCGGAUGAAGCAACUGAUGCUCCUCUACCUCCGAACAAUGUCGACCCGUGUGGCACUUGUGGGUGGGAAUCACACUGCCGCCCGCUUCUGCACUCGCUAAUCCGUCCUCUCCUCUUGUUUUCCUGGCCUUAUCCCCGCAACUUUUUCAGUGUUUCCCUCCGAUCUCCUUCUCCGAUCGUUUGACCGCGAGAUCCUCGAGAAGUGGGUUUUACGAGCUUCUGCUGCCGUCGCUCCCUUAGUCGAUCGGCCAUGGAUGGAAACAGUGCUGUCUUUCGGAAGACCACAGGUCGAGCGAACUCCUGCGAUAAUCAACUCGUCAUCAUCUUUCCUGAUUUCAGAGUUCUGAGGCUCUUUGCCAGAUCCCUCUUUUUGACUUUCGCUAUGCUCGCGCUGCCUUGGCUUGGCCAUUUCCAAUAUCUUCGCACUGUCCCCGCUAUCUUCCCCUCCGGACAGAACUCCGGCGUAGCCGCUGUCGCCACCGAAAAAGCCUCUCCGGAGCAGCUAAUUCCGGCCGUAUUUCAGGACCUCCUCGACCAGGGGCUAUUCAAGGUGGGCGAAAAGGCGGUCUUCAUCGGCGGGUCUUCGGAGGCAGCCGAGAUCCGCAUGUUCAUCGAUGGUGGCGCCGUUCCGCCCCUUGAAUUCGUCGACGUGAACGGAAAGGGCCGCGGCUUCAUCGUUGACGGUACCGUCGACUUCGCCUUCACCGCUAACGGCUUCAAUUCGGUGCUGCUGAUCGGACCCGUUCUCCGGGUGGGGGGUGUCGCUGCCCUCCGCUUCUCAUCUGCCACUGAUUCGGUCAGCGUGCCGCCAAACUUCAAGAUCGUGUACCUCCGCCACUUCCACGCCCCCACGUCCAACACGGUAAUCGCGAUUCGUAAAAUGAACGAAGGGGGCGACGGUGGCCGAGAAGCAGGGAUGGCCGAGUCCGGUAAUGGCCUAUGCCCCACGUCGGACGCGAAACGGAGGGCGAUCCGAGAUCUGGAAGACGUCCUUUUGGAGCCGCCCAGGGAAUCGUGGGUGGAUUCACGAGGCUAUCUGAAACGAGUGAAGUAUCUUCCCGAUCUUAUGGGGGAGGACCUCGCAUCCUUUGCUCGGCACGUGUACGUGGAGGUCAGCCGUCGCGCGGAUGGCGUCGGAGAGUGGUUCAUGGAGAACUAUCCAGCAAGAGGCCGGGAUUUCGACAUCUACGUGCUGGAGGGCGACUUCGAUGGGGGCAGGUACGAGCCGGCAGUGACAUGGGCUAGAAAAGGCGGAGCAACUGGGAUGGUGGCCACGAGUUUCUCGAAUUGGCUGAAGCGCAACAUCCGGGAAGAAGAGUAUGUUGUGGUGAAGAUGGAGGUGGGAAAGGGAGACCGCUGGGGUGGCGGUGGCGAGUUCGAGGUGGUGAGGGAGAUGGUGAGGAGCAAGGCAGUGUGCCUGAUAGACGAGCUCUUCCUGGUUUGCGACCACGAGGACGAGGGGAAUGGGAACCGGAGGGGGAGCAGAAGCAUGGCCUAUUGGGAGUGUCUGGCCCUCUAUGGGAUGCUUAGGGAGGAAGGAGUUGCUGUCCAUCAAUGGUGGGGUUGAUUGAUUUUACCCGACUGGUUGUCUUCUAAAUGAGAUGGGACGGAAGAGACGGCGCCACUUUCUUCAACAGAACCGCAACUAUGAAUAAUAUUAUUGCGUGGUGAUAAAAGAAUAAUAAUGUGACUACCACGCAAUCACUGCGACGUCCUGUUAUGAAUAGUGUCGUCUCUCUGUUCUGUCAAUAUAUAUAUAUAUAUAUGUGCGUAUCUUAGACGGA